ACUUUUCCAUUCCAAUUUCAAUCUCCCUCCCACCUCUUUUCCCCAAUUUCAAUCUCCCUCCAACACCUCCAAAACCCUAAAAUCUCAAACUCACUCACUCAUCAAUCUCAAUUUUCGCUCCGUCGCUCAGUCGCCAUUCACCAACUCAGUCGCCAUUCACCAACUCAGUCGCUCAGUCGCCGUUCACCAACUCAGUCGCUCCUCACUCCUUCCUCCUUCCUUUUCCUCGUUAUGGCUUCACACGCUCUCGCUCUCACACUCCCAACCUAGCCUACACACUCGAUUCAGAUUCUUCUCACUUCCAAACCUAGCUUCUCACAAUCGGUCCAAUAGUUCCAAUCGGUGCUACAAUUGCUCAGUUUCCAACUCACUCAGUCCACAAUCCAUCACCGUUGAUUUUAUUGCUCUAAAAGCCUGUGUGGUCGUUUUUUAUUCUUCUUCUAGAAGCCGUGUCCGCCGUGUUCUCAAUCGCUCAAGAAACCACUGUCGCCGUCCUUCCUUCCUUCCUUCACUGUAUACCGCUGCCGCCGUUCAUCAGAAAUCAAUCAGUGAUUAAAGCCACACAUCUACUACAAUAACUGUCUAGCCAGCUACCUGAAUUGAUGACAUGCAUCGUGGAGCUAUUUACUUUCCUUCAUCUACAUUCACACUCUAAAUGACAACACUAGCUUCAUCUUCAGCAAGCUAACAUCGUUGUGUAAGGUUGCUGGCACACUUGGUUUAUGCUUUGAAGUGUACAAACCUUUGUUGGCAAGCAAACAGGGAUGUCUGGACGAGACAAGGAUAAGGGUAAGGCUCAUGUUGUAGAUCAUGGGAAGCCAAAGAAAAAGAAGAAUGGAAGAAUAGAUGUUUCCUCAGACCCUACCAGACAGUGGGUUCGGCCGACGGGGAUUACCUUCCGUAACAUUGAUGAACGGACUGGUACUCCUAUUCCUACUGGUACUCCUAUUCCUACUGCUACUACUCCACCUCCUUACCCCACUCCAUUCCCGACUAUUCCUCCCGCACCAUUCCCGCCUAUUCUUCCCGCAUCAUUUCCAGCAGCUACUACUAGCCAGCCCCCUUCCGCACCAUUCUCACAUAUUCUUCCCGCAUCAUUUCCAGCAGCUACUACUAGUCAUGCUACUACUAGCCAGCCCCCCAUAUAUUCUAGUCCUGGUUUUGCCAUGCCUGGAUUUACUCCGCCAUCGACACACUCGCCAAAUUACAACACCACCCGAUCUAAUGUCCGACAAGGCUUUAACACAUCCGUUCCAUCACAAUCAUCAACGGAACUGAUGCAAGAUCUUAUGCAAACUGGAAAUUUCCUAGCCUUACUUGCUGAUCAACGACCUCCACAACAACAGCAACAACAACAACAAAGCAACCAAAAUGAAGAGGUACCGUCUGGGGCUGAUCAAAGACGACGACAACGACGUCAAAUCACUGAAGACUGGGAGUAUGUGGAUAACCUUGUUGUGGUUACACCAACACCUGAAACGUUAGAGCCAUCCCACGGAGUAUCAGAACAUAUUAGAAUGGCGAUCCAGACGUUUUACCCUAAAGAUAGACGUUGGGCCGUAUAUUCAGAUCUUACUACCGAUGACAGGAACGACAUUUUUAAAUACUUUUCGGAUUUUUGUAGAUGGGAACCUCAUCAUCACACUCUUGUAGAGAGAAACUUUCAUAGGGUAGCUGCAAGACGUUUAUCAGAUUUGUUAUAUGAUGAACGGCAGGAAUUGAAAAAACGUAAGGGCAAUUAUCGUACACAAUGGAUCGGAGAGAAAAGCUGGGAGUUAUUGCUGAAGUAUUGGAAUGAAGAUCCACAUUUUAAGAAUCGGUCCAAAGCUAACAAGGUGAAUAGGGCAUCUAUUGUAGGAGGGCAGUUGCACGCACAAGGUUCUGUCAGUACCGCUACCUAUGCUAGAGAUUUGCGAAAUAGAUUGGGUAGAGUUCCUUAUCCGGAAGAGAUCCAUGAUGUAACUCGUUUCAGUCAGAAUCUUGGUCGGUAUGUUGAUGCUCGAGCUAGCAAUACCCAGGCAGCUUAUCGCACGAAUGCAGCUGAGUUUUUGAAGGAGAAUCUUGAGAUUCCAUCGUAUCCGGAAAUUCCCUUCCCCAUUAAACUUCAAUUAUGGGCGAAGGCUGCAGAAGAAGGAAGACCGGAUGGAGGAAAAGAAAGAAAGGGUAGAAUGUACGGUCUUGGGCCAUUAGCCGGCAAUGUGGUACAUGGAGAUUUGUUCUAUGUUCCUCCUCUGAUAAUAUAUAGCGGGAGUUGGCUUAAAAAUAAAGCAACUUCAAAUAUUUGAUACGAGGUUUUUUCUAGAUUACCUUUGAAGAAUGGUGGGUAAUUUACCCACCAACCAAACUGAAAUUUUGUACCCAAGUUUUUCGGCCUACAAAAAGCUGAAGAUCUUUUUUUUUGUUAUGAUAAAUAAAAUAAAAUGCGGAUUUUGGUGGUGUCGUGA